CGUGAAAAAAGUUGCAGCUUUCUCAUCGAGCAUUCGCUAGCAUCACCUGCCAACAACAGCCAAAGACAAACCCAUCUAUCUUGUAAUACCAAAAGAGCACAUCAUCACGUCUCGAAAGCCUCCUUUUCGAUUUUCAACUUCUUUACGUGUCUUUUACCCCUUAAUCAGUAAAAAUGGUUCAGCUCACAGAGGUCGUCGACGAGGAAUUCCUCAAGACCCAACCCGGCCACGACGAGGAGGACGAUGACUUCACAGACACCGACUCUGAAAUUUCAACAGACUCCGACUACGAUGUAUCGGGCGAGACGCUGAGCGACCGCAUCUACGCGCUCCGCGACAUUGUGCCGCCGACGACGCGCGGCUGGAUCCACGGCAAGUGGAUGGGCGCAACCAACAUCUUCCGCACCACGGCCGCCUUCCUGGGCCGUAGCGCCUGGCACAUCUCGGUCAGCGCCAUGCUCUUCGGCAUCCCCUUUGCCCUGCUGUGGAGCGAGGAGCAGGGCAUGAUCGCCAUGGAGCAGGAGCAGCGCAUGCGCGAGCAGGGCGGCGAGCUCCUCACUGCCGGCGCAGCCGGUGGCGCCCCUGGCGGCGGCGACAUCAACUCUCUUGACCAGCUCGAGUCCGCGCUCGGCGGUGGUGUUGGUAGCGUUUCUGCUAAGCCAUCCUUGUAAAACAAAGAAAAAGAAUAAAAUAGAAGAGAAAGGAUGUUGGGAAAGGAGAGUUGAUGUCGAGUGUUGGAGAGAGGAUGGCUGAAGGGACGAAAAUGAUGUCGCUUGACGAUUUUCCUGGCUCGGUGGUGCUAGGGACGUCGUGAAACCAAAGCAGCAGUUUUCUGCCUUGGGGUUUCAAAAACUGCAUAACACCAAGGCGCACGGUUUGAGGGCACAAUUUCCAAAACGAAGAGUCAUCCUUCCGCGAAUUGAUGCCGACAGUUCAACGAUCCGCGGACUACAGCUACACAACACGGGCCUGUACUUGGGUUUACUUCGACAAAUGGCACAAUGUCCUCGAUGAAAGGAGCACAUUGUCCACCCGUCAAAAUUUUCUAUUUUUAAUACGGGAAACAAAACCUCCUGUUGUAUUGCAUGUACGAUAUUCAUUCUGUAACAUAAUAACGUUAGCAUUUCCCCUUCACGAAUAUAGACCUGAACUGCCUGUUACCAUUGUCGAUAAUUUCCACGAAUCGCAGACCCAUUCGAAGUCUCAUUCAGCAGGAGACUCUCAUAUAGCAGG